GCUGGCAGACGGCUAGGGGUGGUCAGGAUUCAAGGAUACGUGCCUGCCUCUCAUCAUGACAUCUGUGUUCUCUGUUACGCUGGUGCUGACAGGUGCUGAAAUGGGCUGCUUCCUGUCAUGACAUUAGGCUGAGUGGUGUGUCCUCAGUAGAGACAGUGGCCAUGGCCACCACAGGGAAGCACAUCAACACACACCACCUCACCACUGUUAACAUGAAGGAGGUGAGGCAGCUGCUUCCCUCCAACCAUUGUAUCAGAGAGUUUGAUGAGACAGUCCCUCAAGGAGUGCAGGAGGUUGGGGACUACUUUGUGAGUACAUUAGACCGUUUCCAUGGCAAGAAGAAGCUAGGAAAGUCUUGCAUGGUGCGACUCAGGCUCAUUCCAGUAUUGCAGGAUGGUACCAGAGACAACAGGAGUGUGGAUUGCUUCUUGUAUGGGCCUUACUGCGAGGCACUGGAGGAAAUGCUUUCAACGAAUCUGGAGUCCCAAGGCACCUGGUCGGCGAAUAGAACCAGGGAGGACAAGGUGGUGUGGAUAGUCCUCCACCGAGCCUUUGUUGCGCCUUGCAGGAAGCCAAGAAAAGGUGUUCAUCCUCUGAUGUUUGUGGUGGGCCCUCAGACUGGUCCUGACUGCCAGAUGUGGUUGUUGUUGGGGCUCACAUCUGCGGAGCCUGGUACCUCUCAGGAUUCCAGGCCAUCCCAUUCACUAAUUGACCAUACAUCUCCACCACCAUCACCAGUACUAUGGCCACGAUCCCCAUCACCAUUACCACCCCCACCAGCGUCACCACCAGCACCACCACCUCCCACCACUGUCAUUGCCUCGGAUGUACAGACUUCCACCUCCAAGUCAGCCUCUUCUGCUCUUUCCAAGAGACCCACAUCUUCAAUCCAAGAUCACAGUGUCGCAGUGACCAAAGAGACAGCAACCAUGGCCAUCACAGGGAAGCACAUCAACACACACCACCUCACCACUGUUAGUAUGAAGGAGGUGAGACAGCUGCUUCCCUCCAACCAUUGUAUUAGAGAGUUUGACGAGACAGUCCCCCAAGGAGUGCAAGAGGUUGGAGACUACUUUGUGACCAAGUUAAACCGCUUCUGUGGCAAGAAGAUGAUAGAAAAUACAUAUAGGGUUCGACUCACACUUUUUGCAGUAUUGCAGGAUGGUACCAGAGACAACAGGAGUGUGGACUGCUUCUUGUAUGGGCCUUACUGCAAGGCACUGGAGGAAAUGCUUUCAACAAAUCUGGAGUUCCAGGGCACCUGGUCGGCAAACAGAGCCAGGGAGGACAAGGUGGUGUGGAUAGUCCUCCACCGGGCCUUUGUUGUGCCAUGUACAAUGCUGAAGAAAAAGUUCCAUCCUCUGUCUUUUGUGGUGGGCCCUCAGACUGGUCCUGACUGCCAGAUGUGGUUGUUGUUGGGGCGCUCAUCUACGGAGCCUGGCACCUCUCGGGAUUCCAGUCCAUCCUCUUUGCUGAUUGAUGAUGUGUCUCUGCCGGCAUCACCACUACUAUUGUCACCAUCACCAUCACUGUCACUGUCUUCACCUGUGGCACCGCCAUCUCCUCCUCUCACCACUGUCAUUGCCUCGAAUGUGCAGAGUUCUAGCUCUUCUACCCUUUCCAAAAGAUCCACAUCCUCCACCCAAGCCUCCCUGACACACUCAAGUUUCUCAAAUACAAAUACCAGACCCAAACCCUGCACCACAGCCCAAUCCUCUGGCCGUACCUGUGCCCCGCCUUCCUCUGUUCAUGGCAAAAAGAGACAGAGUAGGUACACACUGCAGCCACUGUCUGCAGGAGUGACAGAUUGCAAAUUUUCCACAGCAGGAGUGGUGGUGGAGUUGGUAAAGAUGAGAGCUCUCACAAAGAACGGGAAAACAAUCUAUGACAUCUUGAAGGUAGCUGACAAGACCUGCACAGAACCAGCUGCCAGCCAAACCCACUUUAUGGUAAAGGUCUUCCACAAUGAUGGAAUAGACUGGCCUGAGGACGGCAUGCCAGCGAUUGGCCAGGUCUUGGUGUUCAAGGAUAUGAUGUGUAAGAAGUACAGGGGCUGUAUGGAGGGCAUUGUGUACACUACCAAGAUGGUCUGCAUCUGUACCCAGGAUGAGAACAAGCAGCUCAUGUGGCACUCCCACUCAAAGGAGUGUCCUGACAACAUAGAGCAUGCUGAGAAGAUGGCACUGGAGCUGUUUGAUUGGUGGGCAAAAGAUGGGAGCACUUUUAAAUUUGGCGAGCACAAUAUCCAGCUCUCCUCUCGUCCUGCAGCUGUGCUUCCCACCUGUAAUAUCUCACAAGUUGGUGGCAAAGGACGCUUUACACUCUACUGCAAGGUUGUCAACAAGACCUUGUAUCCAUCACCUGUGAGACCAAGGGUUGUCCUAAGGGUGUGUGAUGGCACCUGCACCUCUUUCCAGUUUGAGGAGAUCACCUAUGAUCCAAGUGUGGAGGUGGAUGAGAGCCAGCUUGUGUUUGGCAUUGUGGGCAGCAGGGAGGUGGACAUCAUGGUCAAGUGCAGUAGCAUACCACCAGAACUUGAGAACUUACAGGUUCCCAGCUAUGUUAGACUCCGAGGUCUGGACUGUGUGCUGCUGCCUGGUGGUUGUCGUAGGCUCAUUUUUAUACUGGAUGAUGAUGAUGAGCAUGUAAAGGUUUUGGAGGAAGAUGACCCAGAAAUACAGCUUCUCAAAAACCGAGAGCAGCAGGCAGAAGAAUCGAGAGAAGAAGCAGCAAUGGAGUUUAUUAUGGAUGAGGUUUGCUCCACAAUCAGCGAAGAGAUUGAGGGUGGCGUUGGGUUGACAGCACAAGACAGUCUUGUUCCAUGCAGUGUCACUCCAAGCCCUCAGCCAGACCUGCCCACUGACUCCUUUGAGAUCUUUGUGAGACAAAAUGAGCUGCCCAAAAAGUUACCACCUGACAGAGAUUCUCCUGCAAGCAAACGGCGACGUCUAAAUUUUAGCAGCUCAGGAAUGAACAUUCAAGCCCUGUUUCCCUUCAGACCAACACCAACACUGCAGCCCUCCUCCCCCAAACGGUCUCCCCAUCCUUCCCACAACCACAUGCCUCAAAACUUGUCGCAUCUCCACAAUCUCCUAGGCAGGCCAUCCAUACUACCUCUCCACAACCCUCCACCUCUAGGCAGUCUUUCCAUCCCUCCUCCCCUCAUCCACCUUUCUCCAAGCAGCCCCCAUCCCUCCACUGCAAAGAUAACACCCACCAGACAGCCCCAGCAACACACUCCUCCACAAGUGCCCAGCCACACAAGCUCUUCUGUCUCAGCACAUGAUAGUGCCUUAGAGGAAGUGCAGCAGGCUGGCAGUGCAGACACAUCUGGGCAUGGUGCACUUCAGACAACCACACACCUUAAGUUUCACACAGAGGUGGUGGGAGAGGCAAAGCAGUCCAGCUUGGAGACCUUCUACUUCCAGGGAAAGGUUGGAGAGGUCCACUGUGUUCAGGCUGCCAUUACUGAUAUUAGAGUCAUUGCUACGGGGAAUUGCUGGUGUAAAGAUGCAGAUCAAGCAUGUCUUCACCAGUGGGUGUGGGGACUGUGUGACAAGUGUGACAACGUAUUCCCCAGCGCUCAUCUUGCCAAGGUCUACUCACCCCUUGCUCUGAAUUCAUUGGACUUUCUGCUGUGCCGGAGCUGUAUGCAUGAACAUGCAACACACAGCAAUGCACAACCAGUGGAAGGGGAUGGUGAGGAGCAAGCACAGGGGACAGCACCACAAUUCCUUGGAGCCGUGGUCAAGCCCUUCAUCAAAAUAAAGGUUGAGGUGGAGAAUCCAACAUCACGCUUCCAACUGACUCCAUGGCUCACUGCAGACGAUGCCACUUUGUUCUUCGGUAUAAAACCCAACUUCAAGUGGAUAGUAGGGGAAGAGGAGGAGCUGCAGAAGAGGAUAGGUGUGCUGUUGGAACACAACUCCACCCUGACCCUAGCCAUGAUGAAGAAACAAGUGAAAGGGAGAAUUGACUUGCAUAUUGUAAACACAGUCCUUCACUAUUCCUAUCCUCACUCAGAGACUCUCCUUCCCAAGACUCCAAACCCUCAGCAUGUUGGUCCUAUACAUCCCCUGCCUGCCACUUCUACACUUCCUCAACCUCUGUGCCCAGAGCCUUCUCUUACUAGCUCUCUAAAUCCUCAGUCUCCUACCACCCUUCUAGAUACUCCAAAUCCUACCAGCCCUGCAGAUCCUCUCCCUCCUACCAGCUCUGCAGAUCUUCUCCCUCCUACCAGCCCUUCAGAUCCUCUCCCUCCUACCAGCCCUUCAGAUCCUCUCCCUCCUACCAGCCCUUCAGAUCCUCUCCCUCCUAUCAGUCCCUCAGAUCCUGUCCCUCCUACCAGCCCUCCACACACCUAACAUACAGGUGUCUGUCCUCAAGUCUCUCCUCCCUAUUAGCCUGCUUUAUCAACACUAUAAUGUAACAAAAGGACAGUCUUCACAACACCCACCACACUAAGAAUGUAUAAAACUUCACUCACUCUGCAUUUUCUACAUUUUAAACCUCAUUCACUUCAUUAUUAACAAGUUUCUGCCCAAUAACAUCCCUCUACCAGCCUAAAUAUUGUUCUCUCCAAACAAAUUAUUAUCAGCAAUACAAAGCAGCUUACAAUUUAUAGACAGGAAUGCUUAAAUUACAUGGGAUAAACAUCAUGAAAGGAAUUUGGUCUCAAUAAUUAAGACCUUAAGCCUUUGCCAGGUAUUGGUUUGGUCUCGCUAGUCAGUCUUGAUGAACUCUGUCCCAAUAUUUCCUGCACACAGUAAAAGCUCACUAAAAAGAACAAAGUCAGAAAAUGGGAAUCUUUUUUCUGUUUAUAUUGAGGUGCCACACAAGAACGGGAAUCAUGCACCACAACAAAAAUGUUACAAAACAGCAUCAAAGUUUACCAACCUUCAAACUUUUUUUUUUUUUUUUUUUUUUUUUUCUAAAGAAGUGUAUAACAAGUAGGAUUCAGUGAUUAUGUUUUAUCCAGUGCCAGUGUUGGGAUAAGUUUUCAGACAAAAGUAUGGUUUACUAUUUGCAGAGCUGGGCAUGACUAGUUUUUUCAGGUGUGACUUUGACUUCAGUGACUCUGCUGCCAGAUAUGGUGCAACUACAACAUUGUUGCAACUAUUUUUGGCUCUGGCCCCCACAGUGCAACUUUGCAACUACAAAUUUUUUUCCUUGUGACUCUAAAUUACAUAAUUGUAGGCCAACAACAAAUGUGCUUUUAUGAGGCAGAGAAACAAUUAUUAUCAUUAUUUUUUUUUUUUUUUUUUUUUUUUUUUUUUUUUUUUUUUUUUUUUUUUCUUUUUACUUAAUACACAGCCUAAACUAUUACCUACAGAUCAUCCUCUUCCCCCCCUCUGUCCUCCUGGCCCAUCUCCAGCCACAGGAAUUUCUUUUUGAAUAGUUAUCUUUGUUCAAUGUCGCAGCAAAAUUUGCAGAAAAUUGGUGGUAAGACUUAGCUUACUUUGGCUUUUCAGAACAUUUCUGACUUUUCAUUUUGGGACUCAAGUUUCAUCUCUGUGCUACAAUUCUCACCUCUGAAUAUUUGAAUAUUCCAACAAAAAUGACAAACUUUAUUUGCUUUACCAGAAUGGUGGCCAGACACUGUUAGAGUAUUUUUUCAGCAGCAUCACACCUUUGCAAAAUACACAAAAUUGAUAGGAACAGACAUUUGUAGGUUCUGCCUUACUUUCAAUGGUGCAAGAGUGUCACAUCCUCUGCCAUUGGAUAAAAGAAGAAUGAUGUUUGUUUGGCCAAGAGGACUCCCUUUCUAUGUAUGGUUUUCAUUUAUUAUAAGGUGUAAUAUCUUGACUGGGAGUAAUACAAGACUUUCUUACUGAUGCAGUCACUUUCGUUGGAGGAAUAUCUCUGCCUGUUAUCCAGACAGAUCAGUUUUUAUAUUCAAUUUAAUAACAGCAGUGUUAUGUCAUGCAUUUUUAUAAGUGAGAACUACUUGUUUGGUUGACUUCAGAUGUAUAUCAUAUAUAUUUUUGUUAUAAUAAAAUAUAUACCUUCUCA